CAAUGCAAUAAUAAUAAUAAUAAUAAUAAUUUUUAACAACAAUCGGGUAAUUGAAUUGUCCAGUGAUUUUGAACUAUAGUUUUUUUUAAUAAUUCCCGAAAUUUGUUUGUCCACACACACGGGAUAUCGGCAAGUCAUGAGUGUCCACACAACUACAGCGGCGGUAAUCAAGUCCGAGGACCAGUUGGGCCGGUGUUGGGAUAAAUUUGCGGCCAAUUCGGCCCUCAAAAUGGGCACUGGUCUGGCGGUCGGCACUGUAUUUUCGGUGCUAAUAUUUAGGCGACGCGUUUGGCCAAUGGUUUUCGGUUUGGGUACCGGUUUCGGGUUUGCCGUCAAUCAAUUGCAAACGGAUUUGAAUCAAUGGUCAAACAAAUAAUGUUUUAUUUUUUUUUAAAUAGUAAUAUCAUAUAUAAGUAGUAGUAGUAGUAGUAGUAAUCAAUCAAUUGUUUAAUUAUUAUUAAUAAUAAUAAUUUAUUAUUUUUUUG